GGUGUCUUCCAGUUUCUACAAGCAGCAGCAGUAUUAGUUGGGCUGUGCUAUAUUGUUGUGGGCUAAGGACAGGGCCUCGGACCCUCCUGUUUUUACUUCGGCCUAGUGUUUGCAACUGGUGAGUGGUGACAAACACACAGACGCACACCCAGAGAGAGACAGCGCGCAAGAAUGGCGUGGAGGGGACAUCUAUCUCGGAAUCUGAAGGAGCUUCGGAUACUGCUAUGUCAAUCAUCCCCUGCGAGCUCGUCCGCUAGAGCAUUCGUGGAGAGGAAUUACAAGGACCUCAAAACACUGAACCCUAAAUUCCCAAUCUUGAUUCGCGAAUGCAGUGGGGUCGAUCCCCAGUUAUGGGCUAGAUAUGAUAUGGGUGUUGAGAGGAGCAUUCGUUUGGAAGGCUUGACUGAGGCACAGAUCUUUAAGGCACUUGAAGACCUGGUGAAAGUGGGGGCAUCUCUUAAAGCCUGAUAGUGCUACUAUCGGAGUCAUCGGUCAGUAUGAAUUGGAAUAAACUAAUAUAAUGGGAAAAUCUUCCCAGAGACUUUUUUGUUCAAUUGAUCUGAUGUGUUUUUCCUUAAAGAUGUGUAUUUGAGUACUCUGGAUCUUUGUCUUGUAGUUUGAUCAUUUGAAGAUUUAGCAUCAUCCAUUUUUUCUCAAACCAA